AUGAGUAGAUGGAUCGUCCAGUGUAAACCGUCCGCGAUUGCAGUCACCAAUCCAACGACGUACCUCGGCGUGACUCGCGCGCAAUGUCUCCUGCGCGACAGACACUCCCGGAGCUUGACGACGGGUCGCCCGUUGCGACGGGAUGGAGAUCCCCGGAUUCGUCCUCUCGGGAGGCAGAUUUCUGAUGACUAUGCGACGAUUAGGGAUACAUACGAUACACCCAAAUAUCCCAUUGUCCUCGCCCACGGCCUCCUCGGGUUCUCUGAGCUUCAACUCAGUUCAUACCUCCCCUCGGUCCAGUACUGGCAUGGAAUCAAAGAAGCUCUUACUGCACAGGGCGCAAUUGUCAUCACGCCGACCGUCCCCCCCUCGAGCUCCAUCGCCGACCGCGCCGCGGCCUUGCACGCGGCACUCGCUGAAUGUGCGCCAGCACCCGAUGCUGUCAACAUCAUCGCCCACAGCAUGGGCGGUCUUGACGUACGGUACAUGCUUGCGCACAUGUCUCCUCCGCCCGUCCGCGUCGCUUCCCUCGUCACAGUUGCGACGCCGCACCGCGGAAGCGCUUUCGCUGACUACCUCCUGGAGGAAGGCGGCGAAGCGCCCAUCCACCUGCCCAGGCUCUACGGGGCGAUCGAGCGCGCGGGCUUUGGCACGGCGGCGUUUGCGCAGCUGACGCGACGGUAUAUGCAGUCCGAGUUUAACCCGGCGACGCCCGACAGCCCGGACGUGCGGUACUUCUCAUACGGAGCGGCCUUCGUGAAAACGCCGCCACUGCUGAGCCCGUUCCGCUAUCCCCACGGGGUGCUAGCCACGGUUGAGGGCCCCAAUGACGGCCUAGUGAGUGUGGAGAGCAGUCGGUGGGGGACGUACAAAGGGACGUUGCUAGGGGUGAGCCACCUGGAUUUGAUCAACUGGUCGAACCGAAUGGGAUGGACAGUGCGGGAGUGGAUGGGGAUGAAAAGGACCUUCAAUGCGAUUGCAUUUUACCUGGACAUGGCGGAUAUGUUGGCAAAGGAGGGCUUAUAG